UGCGUCUCCAGAUUGGCGCCAAAGCAUAUUAUGGCAACAUCGCUCAAAAGCUAAAGCUGAUACAGCGGGAGCGUGAUUCGCGCGGAGCUGUGUGAACUUUGUACCCUCGAAGCUCACCAAGCGAUAGCGUCGAAACUUCCAAGCACGAUAUCCUCUUCAUGCAGCCCACGCGCCACUGCGGCAGAUCAUCAGCUCUUCGUAGUACUACUUAAGUGCCCUUCCUUCCGCCCAUCCUGGAGUCCGAACAUCUUCUCGCCUCCUCGAGCAGGCACAGUAUCGAGCUGGCUGAGUCCUCCUACCUCCACCCUUCCCCUUCCAGAAUGGCGUCCACCGAGGAUAAGACCAAGAGCGAGGCCGAUGUGCAGUCCGGGACCUUAGCAGCUCCGACGUACGAGGCUGCCGUGAGACGCAGCGAGGAUGAAUACAUGAUAAACAAGGGCGAUUUACUGGCGCAAGAGCAUGUUGAUCCGGUUCUUGAUGCGAAGAUGAAGCUCGUCAAUGAUGCGAUUGACGAGAUUGGCAUGACGCGAUACCAGUGGAAGCUGUUUGUGUUGAAUGGAUUCGGAUACGCUGUGGACUCUUUGAUCUUGCUCAUCCAGAGUAUCAUCGCUGGCCAAGCCGCGUAUGAAUUCAAGCCUGGCUUUCAAUACGGUCUCACCGUCGCAGUCUACGUCGGAAUGUUGGUGGGGGCUCUGUUCUGGGGCAUCUCAGCAGACAUUAUCGGGCGAAAGUAUGCGUUUAACGUAUCGCUAUUGAUCAGCUCGAUCUUUUGUAUUGUGGCAGGCGCAGCGCCCAACUGGAUCGUUCUCGGCCUCUUCGUUUGUCUCUCUGCCUUCGGUGCUGGAGGCAACCUGGUGCUCGAUACCGCCGUGUUUCUCGAGUAUCUUCCCGGCAAAGACCAGUGGCUUCUUACACUGAUGGCCGCUUGGUGGGGAUUAGGUCAACUUAUUGCUGGUCUCUUCGCAUGGGCGUUCAUGCCAAACUACAGCUGUCCUGGAGAUCCGGUUGAAACUGGUGUGCCCUGCAACUGGGACACAAACCCUGGCUGGAGGUACAUGUGGUUCGCGAACGGCUCGCUAGUGCUCGUGUUGAGUCUUUUGCGUGUCACAAUCAUCAGACUUCGUGAGACCCCAAAAUUCCUCGUAGGCGAGGGCAAGGACGCGGAAGUCGUCGAGACUUUGCAGUUCAUCGCCAAGAAGUACAACAGGCCUUGCAGCCUCACCAUUGAAGAUUUCCAGGCUUGCGGCGUCACUGGCGACUACCGCAGACGUGACUCUGCUGGAGCUGCUCAUGCCGAAUCGAAGUGGUCUCUCAGCGAGUUUGGAACGCAUAUUUCAGGUCUCUUUACUACCAAGAAGCUCGGGCUUUCCACGUCUUUGAUCUGGUUCUCGUGGCUACUCAUUGGUCUGGCGUAUCCUCUCUUCAACGUCUUCUUGCCCGUGUACCUGGACACUCGAGGAGCGCAGCUUGGAAAUUUCUCCCAGAACAUCAGAUGGCGAAAUUACGCAAUUGCCAACUUGUGUGGUAUCCCGAGUCCGGUUUUGGCUGGCUUCAUGUGCAAAUCACGAUGGUUCUGGGGACGAAGAGGAACUAUGAUCAUUGGUGCUCUUUCUGCAAUGACAUUUUUCUUCGCCUAUACUGAGGUCAGGACCGAUGCUCAAAACUUGGGCUUCACGUGCGCCAUCAAUUUCUGCCUGAACAUCUACUACGGCACCCUCUACGCGUACACCCCAGAAGUCCUGCCUUCAGCUCAUCGUGGUACCGGUAACGGCAUCUCAAUUGGAUUGAAUAGAUUGAUGGGAAUCAUGAGUGCAGUCGUUGCCACUUUUGCUGACACGUCGACUGCCGUUCCAAUUUACAUUUGUGCCGCACUAUAUAUCGUGAUGGCUAUGGUGGCGGCCUCAUUUCCCUUCGAGCCCAUGGGCCGUCGAAGCUCAUGAGCAAUGCACAGGCCAUUGGAGGCACCGCAUCUUGGUGUACAUAUGAAAGGGAAAUCGCCUCACCGGCCGAUGAGCACUUCCCGCCAUUCCAACAGCACUUAUGAAUAGAUAACCUCCAGUCCAUCAUGCCAGCACUUCACGUGUUCCGCCA